AUAAUAGUAUUAAACUCCUACUUCGAACCUCCGAUUCUACAAAACUCCUUGUGAGAAACUAAGUUUCAAAAAUCAAAAGUGUUCGGAAAAAAAAAAAAAAACAAGGGAAAAAGUUUGUCAUUUCAAAACUGUCAUCGUCUUCCUUCUUUCUCUCUCUUCAACGUUCCUUUUUCUCUCUCCUACCUUCGAACUUGUAAUUCACAGAGUUUUAUUGGUGAAAGAGGAGAGAGAAAGCUUGAAUUUGUGAAUGGAAGCAAUCAGAAAGCAAGCUACUAGGCUUCGUGAACAAGUUGCUAAACAACAACAGGCUGUUCUCAAGCAAUUUGGUGCAGGAGGAUAUGGCUCAGAUAAUAUGGUCACAGAUGAGGCGGAGCUUCAUCAGCAUCAAAAACUUGAGAAGCUUUACAUAUCAACGCGAGCUGCUAAGCAUUUUCAAAGAGAUAUAGUACGUGGAGUUGAAGGUUAUAUUGUUACCGGAUCGAAGCAAGUUGAAAUUGGAACAAAGCUGUCUGAAGAUAGCAGAAAGUAUGGUGGUGAAAAUACAUGCACUAGUGGCAGCACAUUGUCCAAAGCAGCAGUCAGUUUUUCCCGAGCUCGAGCGCAGAUGGAAAAGGAGCGUGGAAAUUUGUUAAAAGCUCUGGGUACACAGGUAGCAGAACCCUUAAGAGCAAUGGUUAUGGGAGCUCCCUUGGAGGACGCUCGACAUCUUGCUCAACGCUAUGACAGAAUGCGACAAGAAGCUGAAGCUCAGGCAAUUGAAGUUUCCAAACGCCAAGCUAGAGUUCGAGAAACGUCAGGAAAUCCUGAUAUUGUUAUGAAAUUAGAAGCUGCCGAGUCUAAGCUUCAAGACCUGAAAUCUAAUAUGGGGAUAUUGGGAAAGGAAGCUGCAUCUGCAAUGGCUGCUGUUGAAGUGCAACAGCAGAGAUUGACUCUCCAACGACUCCUCGCCAUGGUGGAAGCAGAACGUGCCUACCAUCAAAGAGCACUCCAGAUUCUUGAACAGCUUGAAGGCGAGAUGAUUUCCGAGCGACAACGUAUAGAAGCUGCUCCCAGUCCAAGUAUGGAGAACCAUGCACCACCACCCCCAGCGUAUGAAGAUGUUAAUGGCGUAUUUGCAUCUCAGACUCAGAAUGGUUCAAGUGACAGCAUGGGCUACUUCCUAGGAGAGGUCACGUGCCCAUAUCAAGGAGAAUCUGACAUUGAAUUGAGUUUGUCAGUCGGGGAUUAUGUUGUCGUCCGAAAGGUAUCCAACAAUGGUUGGGCUGAAGGUGAAUGCAAAGGCAAAGCCGGUUGGUUCCCAUAUGGAUACAUUGAGAGACGAGAGCGUGUUCUAGCAAGCAAAAUCGCGGAAGUUUUCUGAAGUCUACAUCUGGGUGACUAAAAUCAAGAAAGUUUUUGUUUGUGAUGUUCCAACUCUCCAGUAAAGCCCACAAUUCAUUGUUUUGUUGAAAAUAUAAAUGGAACUAUUGCCUUAGGUUUACUGUAGUGUAUGAUGUAGCUAUCAUUUUUGUUUUCCCUCUUCUAGUCUUCCCCUUGUUUUUCUUUUUUGUGCAAUCUUAUAUAGUAAUAUUAUUUUUCCUUUACAUUGGAAGUGGGAGGGGGAAAUCGAUGGAAGGAUGUCAUGAAAGUGUGACUAAAGACUUCAAAACUUUCAUAUGCUAUUUUUUUGACUUUAUGUUGAUCCAUUACCUACUUAUACGUAGUGCUUUUGUUUUCUUUGA